AUGAUUGACGAGCCUAAUGAUUACCACGAGUGCAAAGCAUUCCACGGUGAGACUGGAUGUGGUUGGUCAAAGUUGUCGAUCGACGUGAUUGUGACCAGUCUGCCGAUUGUCCUGAAGCCGAAGCCCGCCACGGUCAGACUGGUUGUGGUUGUUCGAAGUGUUGGGGCAUUCGAAGUGGAUGGGUGA